AUGGGGAAGUUUGUCGUACCCGUGCGAAUGCAGCAGCUCCUCGUGAUCAAUCUUGUCCUGCUUCCGCUGGCGGAGACUUUCCAUCCUCCGCUCGUGAAGCCCAUCGGGUUGUCUCCUUCCUUCGCCAAGAGGGCGAUUGUAGCGCUUCAGUCAAGGAGCGAGAAGGGACGGACGGCGAUGCAACUGUCGCUUCCUGCCUUCGAGGCUGCCAGUCAGAUCGUGCAGUACGGCCUGGGGCCAUGGGGGUUGUACUUCAUGCAGCGGAUCUUGAUGGGAGGGCUGAUUGGACAAGUGCUGGCCCUUCUUUGCAUCAGCGUUGUGCUGACGGGCGUCGGGGCUCUGCUGCUCCUGCUGUUGCGGACCUUGACGCUGUCAGUGCAAGGGCUAUUCAACAAGCGGAUGGAGAAGAAAUUUGACAAGCAAGCAUCCAAGUCGUGGGGAACCUCGAAGGUGGAUUCGUUCGUUCAGGCCGUCUUUGCUCUCCGGACGAGGCUGAAGAAGCUGGAGAAAGCGACAGGACUGAACAUCACCCUCUGGGUAUGCUCUACCUCUGAUGAAGCAGCUGAUCCCUUGUCUGACGUUGCUUGUCUUGUCUUGAUGUUUAUGAGGAGGGAAUACUGGGCGUUGAUACUGACAGGUUGGUUGAAGCUGGCAGGGAUAUGUGGAGUGGUAGCUCUUACGGUGAAACUCUCAGUCGACGGAAUCAUCAUGAACAACGGUCCUGUUGUAGAGAAAGGUCACAUCCUCCUCCUCUCCGACGUCUUCAACGAUCAAGUGGUCUCAGUAGUCUGCACGCUCGGCCAUGCCUCCAAGGAGGGCAACGCGCUUUCGAUCCUCAAGAAUGAGCCGAUUGUUGUGAUGACCCCGCAGGACAAGCUCCAGGUGUACGAAGAGAUCAAGAAGGGGAUGGGGAGGGAGGGGCUGCGGCCGGACAUGUGGGGUAACGGGCCGCUGAACAUCGUGACGAGGCAGGGGGAUCCUAAGAGCCUCGAGGACCUGCAGAAUGUCUGCGUGAAAGAUGCGGCGCAUGUCCUGAUGCUCAGCUGCCAGAAGAACAGGGAGGAGGUGGUGGACGGGGAAGCGAGUCCCCUGCUCCUGCGGGAGAUCAGAACCAAGACCUCCCUGCUGGAGAGGCUGAGGCCGAUGGAGGAGGAGGGGAUGAAAGCUCCCGUCCUUUCCCUCCCUGGGCAGGCGGAGCUCUGGACGGAGUUGGAGCAGGGCUUCACCAUCUGCGAGGACCAGGAGUUUGUAGGAAAGCUGCUCACCCAGUGCUGCCUGUCCCCCGAGCACGGCCUCGCCGUCCUGUACAACAAGAUCAUGCUGACUCAGGGCGGCUGCCACUUCAUGUACUCAGAGGAGACGCUGGGAAGCUCCAGGAGGUGGCUGGUGGGGAAGAGGUACGCGGAGCUGCAGAAGCACUUCCCUGAAGCCGUGGUGUGCGGGAUCCUGAGAGGAGAGGAGCUGAUGAUGAUGCCGGAGGACGAGACCGAGCUCCAGAACGACGACCGCAUCAUCGCCAUGGCUUCCGACCACACGAAGCUCCGACCCCAGCUGUUCUCCAGGUUCUUCGCGCGGGACAGCCCGGUCCCUCUCCUCACGGAGGCAGCGCAACCAGCGGCUGCUGGGAAGGGGCUGGGGGAGGAGAGGAGGCCGAAGAAUAUCCUGGUCCUCAACUGGAACGAACGUGGGCAGACUACUGUGGACGAGAUCCGGCAGAACGCACCGAGAGGAGCGCGGGUUGACGUGCUAACAGACAAGAAGAACAUGGAGGAGCUGGGGUACAAUGACAAUCAUCCCCUUCCCCGCCGUCGCGUGCCGGUCAAGUUCUGGCGGGGCAACACCCUGGAGCCUUCGAACCUGGAGCAGGCAGGGGUGCUGGAGGCAGACUGCAUCCUGAUCCUGUCUGACACUGACGCUCCUUCCAACGUGGACCAGUUCUCCGACUCGGAACUCUUCUCCACCAUCGACACGCUCUCAAAGCUCCACUGGCACCCGAGCAAGCCCCGUCCUCGAGUGGUUGGGACCGUCUACUCGCUGGAGAACUAUGUCUCGAUCCGUUCGCUGUGCCUGAAAGCAGGCUUCAAGUACGACCUCAUCCUCGCCGACAAGAUCGAGUCCGGCGCUCUCGUCCACAUCCUCCUCCAGCCGAAGCUCGAGCAGAUCUUUCACUCGCUGCUCAGCAAGGACCGGGCGGAGCUGCAGAUCAAGAGCGUCGGGGACCUCUUCAAGGAGGAGGAUGGAUUCGUUGGAAGCUUCCGGGAGAUUCAGAGGAGGGUCAAGGGCAAUCGGCAGCUGGCGCUGGGGGUCCUGCGAGUGACCCCGACGGAGGCAGGAGGAGGGAAACUAACUCUAAGCCUGAUCCCCAAGCAGGAUGAAGUGUUCAGCCUUGCGCAGCGAGACAAAAUCAUCGUGCUGGGAAAGCCGAAGUAA